CCGGGCUGAGCUGCAGGCGCUGCGAGGGUGCGUGGUCUGUCUGCUCCUCGGUUGCUUCUCCCUUCAGGCUGGUUGGGGCGGUGCACUGCAGCUGGGGGAGCUCUUGGGAGCCGCUUUAAAAAAAAAAGAAAUCCUUCCUGGAUUUGAUUAAUUACAACAAUCCCCUCCUCAGAAGAUCUGGAAAAGAGGAGCGAGAAUCACCUAUCCCUUCCUCCGCCUUUCAGCAGCUGGCUCCUACCCCCCACCCUCACUUCCCCCCUUUUUCUCCACCUCCUUCUCCUUCUCCCCGUCCGCUCCGGGGGCUGCGGCCAGAGCCUCGUCAGGAGGAGGGAGGGUGAGGACUCAAGUUGGCCCCAGUUGGCAGCACUUCGGGCAGCGCGGGACUGGGGCAGCGCUCGGCAGCUCCCGCGGAACAAAGGAGCCCGGGCUGGCCCGGGUCCUGCUCCCGCCCUACCCGGUGCCGGCCCGGUGCCCCUGGGCUGGCCUUUCCCCGUACCCCGAGUGCGGGUGCGGCUGCUGCCUGUUCGCCUGGAGAUCCUCGAGCAACCUGGAGAGGGGAAGCGGGAAGCGGUACUCCGCGUUUCUGCCCUCCUGCCUCCUUCUCUCGCUCUCUCCCUCCUUCGUUUAUUUCUUCCUUUUUUUUUUUUUUUUUUUUGUUUUGUUUUGUUUUUGUUUCUUUCUCCUAAAUUGUAAAUUUUACCCCCAGGUGGCCCCUGUGUGGGGGGUGCCUUCCUCCGCCCGAGGGGCGCCGGUGCCCGGCGCGGAGCGGGGCGCAUGGGGCGGCGUUUCAGGAGGCUUUCGGCUGCUCCUCGCUCCUCCGCCGGAUGCUGCCUGAGCUGUUUUGGCUGUUUUUCUUCGCCGGCGAUGAAGGCUCUGCCUUGAAGAUGGACAUGAUCUGUUUUUUAUUCCUGUCUCUGGUGCCGGUGUACAGCAGGGGACAAGGGGUGUACGCUCCUGCUCAGGCCCAAAUCAUCCAUGCUGGGCAAGCAUGCGUGGUGAAGGAAGACAACAUCAGUGAACGCGUUUACACAAUUAGGGAGGGGGACACGCUGGUCCUGCAGUGCCUGGUCACAGGACACCCCCGGCCACAGGUGAGGUGGACCAAAACGGCUGGCAGCGCGUCGGACAAAUUCCAAGAGACGUCAGUGCUUAACGAGACCCUUCGGAUUGAGAAGAUCCAAAGGCUGCAGGGGGGCCGCUAUUACUGUAAAGCAGAAAAUGGGGUUGGGGUCCCUGCCAUCAAGUCCAUUCGAGUAGAUGUGCAGUAUCUAGAUGAGCCUGUUCUCACUGUUCACCAGACCAUCAGUGAUGUACGGGGCAGCUUCUACCAGGAGAAGACCGUCUUCCUCCGCUGCACGGUCAACUCCAACCCGCCAGCUCGCUUCAUCUGGAAACGGGGAGCUGAGACACUGUCUCACAGUCAGGACAAUGGGGUGGACAUCUACGAGCCCCUUUACACACAGGGUGAAACCAAAGUCCUGAAGCUGAAGAACCUUCGACCUCAGGAUUAUGCCAGCUACACGUGCCAGGUGUCUGUCCGCAAUGUCUGCAGUAUUCCUGACAAAUCCAUCACCUUCCAGCUCACAAACACCACAGCCCCACCUGCUCUGAAGCUGUCUGUCAAUGAGACUCUGGUGGUCAACCCCGGUGACAACAUCACUAUGCAGUGCUCUCUGACGGGCGGUGACCCACAGCCAGAAGUGGUUUGGUCCCACUCUCCUGGCCCAAUGCCUCCCAACAGCCUUGUGCAAGGAGGCAACCUCACCAUCUGGAGGAUCCGCGUGGAGGACUCGGGCUACUACAACUGCACAGCCAUCAACAACGUGGGCAACCCGGCAAAGAAGAUUGUGAACCUGCUGGUGCGGUCCAUGAAGAAUGCCACAUUCCAAAUCACUCCUGAUGUGAUCAAAGAGAGCGAGACCAUCCAGUUAGGCCAGGACUUGAAGCUCUCAUGCCAUGUAGAUGCUGUCCCCCAGGAGAAGGUUGUCUACUCGUGGUACAAGAAUGGAAAACCAGCCAGAUUCUCAGACCGGUUGCUCAUCACCCGCAACGACCCCGAGCUCCCGCCUGUGACCUGCAGCUUGGAGAUUAUUGACCUGAGAUUCAGUGACUAUGGCACUUACCUGUGCGUGGCUACCUUCCAGGGAGCACCCAUUCCUGACCUCAGUGUGGAGGUGAACAUCUCCUCAGAGACAGUGCCACCAACAAUAAGUGUCCCUAAGGGUCAGUCUGCCAUCACUGUGCGGGAAGGCUCCAGGGCCGAGCUGCAGUGCGAGGUUCGAGGAAAGCCAAAGCCGCCCAUCCUCUGGUCCCGGGUGGACAAGGAAACCCCCAUGCCUUCAGGGACAAUGACAAUGGAGACCUACGAUGGGAAGCUGCACCUGGAGAGCGUGAGCCGAGAAAUGAGCGGGACCUAUAAGUGUCAGACAGCCAGGUACAAUGGAUUUAACAUCAGACCCCGAGAAGCCCUGGUGCAGCUCAACGUGCAGUUCCCCCCCGUGGUGGAGCCGGCCUUCCAGGACGUGCGGCAGGGCAUGGGGCACAGCGUCACCCUGCGCUGCACCAUGCUCAAGGGCAGCCCCAUGAAGGUGGCCACCUCCGUCUGGCGCUUCAACGGGAGCCUCCUGGCGCAGCCCCUGGUAGAGCAGCAGGACUACUCGGAGCUCAAGGUGGACAGCGUCAGCCGGGAGACCAGUGGGAACUAUGAGUGCAGCAUCUCCAACGACGUGGGGGUCUCCACCUGCCUCUUCCAGGUGUCUGCAAAAGCUUAUAGCCCAGAGUUUUACUAUGACACUCCCAACCCCACCUUGAGCCAGAGGCAAUCCAAGAAUUACUCUUACGUCUUGCAGUGGACCCAGAAGGAGCCUGAUGCUGUGGAUCCCAUCCUCAAGUACCGCCUGGAAGUCCGGCAGCUGUCUCAGAGAAACACCAUCCAAACCUUCAUUCCUGUGAAGAAAAUGGAGAAGGGCCUGUUGCUGGAGCACAUCUUACCCAACCUGAAAGUGCCUCAGAGCUAUGAAGUUCGCCUGACGCCCAUCACCAGCUUUGGGGCCGGAGACAUGGCCACCCGCAUCAUCCGGUACAUGGAACAUAACACCUGCCGCUUUGAGGACGAGAAGAUCUGCGGCUUCGUGCAGGACAAGAUGGACAACUUUGACUGGACGCGGCAGAACGCCCUGACGCAGAACCCCAAGCGCACCGUCAACACGGGGCCCCCCACGGACAUCAGCGGCACGCCAGAGGGUUAUUACAUGUUCAUCGAGGCGUCCCGGCCCCGGGUGACAGGAGACAAAGCCCGGCUCAUCAGCCCCCUGUACAAUAUCACUGCCAAGUAUUACUGUGUCUCCUUCUACUACCACAUGUACGGGAAGCACAUUGGCUCCCUGAACCUGCUAGUUCGCGUGCGGAACAAGCGAGCCAUCGACACCCAGGUCUGGUCCCUCAGUGGCAAUCGGGGCAACGUGUGGCAGCAAGCACAUGUGCCCAUCAACCCGCCCGGGCCCUUCCAGAUCAUCUUUGAAGGUGUCCGGGGCACAAGCUACGAGGGGGACAUUGCCAUCGAUGAUGUCACUCUGAAAAAGGGAGACUGCCCAAGGAAGCCAAUUGGACCGAAUAAGGCUGUUGCUCUUCCUGGAAGUGGUGUCCCAGCCCUGCACAGCCCCUGGCUUUGUGGCCCAUUGACUUUCUUCCUUUACGUGCUGCUCAGAUGAUGGCAAGCGAGCGCUCCUGUCUUCGGACCAAGACAUUCCUGCUCCUUUCCUACUCAGCCACCUCUGCUCCUCUUCCUCCCCUCCUCACUGGCACACCAAAGUGUCCAUAUGUUACCAAAGACUGACAGGCAUGACCAUGCAAAGGGAUCUGGUUCAGAACUGGAGCACUCCUUGAAAAAGUCAUAAUGUCUAGAACAAAAUUUAAAAAUAAAGACAAAACUUUUUUUAAAAAGCACGUGCACGAGAGAGAGUGAGAGAGAGAGAGAGAGAGGAAGGAAAGAAAGACACGUGGAGAAAAGAAGGAAUGAAACACAAAAAAAUGGGAAUGAAGAAAUGUGAAGAGCAAAUGAAAGAAGAAAAAAAACACACCCAUGUUUCCUUGGGAAUGUCAGACAGGGCUUCCUCAGGGAAGUGCGAACUUGUUUUAAACAAACAAAAAUAUAUUAAAGCACAAAUUUCUACCAGAACAGUUACCUUCUUUGCUGCAGAGCCCACAGCUUAGUGGAUGAUAUCCUGCAGUACUCCCCUUGUCUCCUCAUGCUUUCCCGCUGGCUGGGGCUGCCCCGCUCUGGUUGCAGCACCGGCCUCGCCUGUGGGGCAGCAGCCGCCCCGCGUGCCGGCGGCCGGAGCGUCUUUCCUCGCACCGCAUGUGCUUCAGUGUCUCCAUCCAUCCACAUCUCCCAGGCUCUCACGUACUUAAUUGCCCCCAGUGUGGUUUGCUUUGGCCUUUCCCCACCGCUCUGUGCUUCUCCUCAUCCUUCAGCCUGAAGAAGAUGGAGCAAGGAAGGGACCGAUGGCAUGGACCACGCUGAGUGGGGAAGUCCUGUCUGGAUCCAGCUGCAGCACGGGCCUCCAAGAGCCUCUGUCUGUCUCUCAGCACUCUUGCUGGAUAGGGAUCAGGUCUGAGCUGCAGACAGAAAAUCUGGUCUCUCUGGGGCUGAGGGAUGGGAUGUGAUGGGAUGGGACUGGAAGGGUGAAGCAGUUGCACAUUGGCUUCCCCCUGUGAAUAUUGGGAUGGCAACUGCCUCAGCCCUAAACCCACAAUUGCUUCUCUGCCUGUAUUUUGUUACCUAUUUAUUUUGGUUUUUAUUCCAUUACUUCCUCCACCUCAAGUUUCCUGGAUUAUGGGAAGAUUCAGGCAUUUAAAUGUUCUUUAGCCUGGCAAAGAACUGUGCUCAUGACCCAACCCCUGGGCUGGCAGUUCAGGCAGCUCCAAUGCUGCCCUCUCACCCCCCAAGGCCUUUUACAUGCACAGUGCAUUCACUGCAGUGUGGGCAAAUGGUGGCAACAGCAUCUCUGCUCAGGGCUGAGGUUGCUGAAUUUUGUCAGCACAUGCAACCACACAGGCACUCAGCUUCCACUGCCAGGGCAGUGGGCAGAGCAGCUGAAAGGUGGAACAGGCAAGAAGCUGCUCCAAGAAGGAUUCAGGCAGGAAGUUGGCCCGAAAGAGGGGCUUGUGCUGAGCUGUGGUGCUGUUUGCCACUGAGGAACAAAGUAAAUUCACCUUUUUCUUGAUGGUAUCAUGAGUGGGUAAAGGUGGUGUUUCUCUCCGCUGAGACCUGUAGCAGGUGGCCUAAUCUCCUCAAGGUGGAGGCACAUGCUGCUCCAGAUGAACCCCGAGAAGAAGGAUUUGCCCUGCACCAGCCAAACAGGAGCUGGUGCAGGGCAGCUCCUGUUUGGCUGGUGAUAGCCUUGUUGCAUCUGGAGGCAGCUCUGGGCAUGACUUACCUCCCUGCACAGGGCAGAGUUAGCCCCACAAGGCUGUGAACUGGGGUUUACUAGCCCACACUCACAAUUAAUUAUGUGUGACUCUUCCUCCUAAGGGAUACCCCAUCCAAAAUCCUUAUCUGGAGCACCACAGAUAAGAUAGCUGUUUCACUGAAGACCCAGUACUCAUGUCACCUUAGCCAUUUCUGAUAAAUAGAUCAGCUUCUCUAAGACAGCCAUGUUUGUCUGAAAUCACCCGAAUGUAUUAACUGCCUCCUGCAUUGCUCAGCUUCCAGCCAUGGCUGGGGCCUCAUUGCCUUCACUGGUGGAGGGGGAAAGCUCUUACUUAACUCCCAGCCACCAUCAGAAAGGACAUCAGCUCUGAGGGACAAGGGGACCUUCUUCACAGGAGGCCUUGCAAGACAGUGGGAGGGCAUGAUACAGGUCUCCCCAGUUCAUUCUGCUUUUCUCCAUUUCCAAGAACUGGGACUGUGUCUUUUCUGUCUCCACUCCUCCCUCCAGAGCCCAGACCUCAAUCACAGUGCACAUUUGACCAGGAAAGCCAUGGCUGUUGCCCAGGGCCAGGCAGCAUCAUGGGAUGCAGUGGGUGCCAACAGCAAUUCUGUGUCUUGCUGUCUUUUGCCAUUUUCAUGGGCAGCCAGGGCUGCCUUUUUAGGCUGAGCUCUUUCAGCCCUGUGCUCUUCUUUUCCUCUGUGCUUGUUGGAGGUCAGAAGUCAUCACCCCACUCCUGGUAGGAGUCCACUUUCACUCCUAGGAGAGAGACUGUUCUUUCCAGUGGUGCUUGGGAGCUUCACAAUGGCUCCUGAUCUGCCAGCAGCAAAACAUUUGUGUUGCAUUGCUGGUUGCAGGAGGCUUUUGCUGGGCAGAAGGUGGAGACAGGAGUGCUUCCCCAUCAGUAAGAGAUAGCCCAGGGCAACCAUCUCACCUGAGCUCUGAGGCAGAGGCCCUUGGGGAUUUGCUUCUGCAGAAUGCUCAGCCCAGGUUGCACAAGCACCCAGGUUUUGCUGGUGUUUAGUAGGCAUCAGAGGUGCUAUGGGGCUGGGGAGGUGCAGCCUGAAGGUUCAGGAUGAUGGACAAAGCAUUUCCUGUGAGGCAAGUGUCAGCAAAAGGGCACCACACUUUUAGAAAGGGAUGCCUGCAGGGAGGGAGUCCAUGCCCUGUUGCCAGCCCCUGUGAGGAAGGAUGUAAGAGCCUCACCACACCAAUCCAUGGCACAGGGGGCAAGAAGCCCUUUGGGGGCUGUAGGUCCAGGGCAGAGCAAGGAGGUUGUCCCAGCCAGAGGUGAAGCCUUCUCCUGCUGUCAGGCGUCCUUCAGCUUCAGUAAAAGUCUCAGGAAGCCCCUUCCCAUUUUGACCUCUGCUCUUUUAUCUCUGGCUAGAAAGCAGCUGGUGGUGAGUUUGGGGGAAAGUCAUUAACCCAAGUGCCCCUGCUUCUCAGAAGUACUGAGGACAACAGGAGAGACUUCAUUUCCCUGGCAGAUGUGCUGAGAGAUGGUAUCAGGGGAAAGAGGCCCUUCAGCAGCAAGGAUGGGAAGCUGUGCAGUGAUGGGGUGGAGGGGAGACAGGGUCCCUCUUCUUUGAGGGUAGUGGUACUUGUGGUUUACUGCCCCCAUGCUUGAGAGGCAAGUCUCCUUGUGGAGGUAAUGCAUCCCAGGUGAGAUGUAAAGCCAUGUACCUUACCCCUUCCAAUUAAAGAUCCCUUCGCAUUUUUCACACUGUUCUGGCUAAAUUACAGUCCUUAAACUUAAUUACUGUCUGUCUUCUUAAAUAUCUGUUGCAGUCCCAAUGUUAUGUUUCUCUUCCUGAUGUUUUAUGUUGCUCUGUGCCUAUGAAGUAGCUGCUUUAUUCCACUCCAGAAGUGGCUGCAUUUCAGCAAUGGUGGAUAUUAUUCCUGUAUAUAGUAUGAAAGUCCCUGCAGAAGAAAAGUGCAAUAUAAAUUUAAGAGACUGCUUUUAUUUACAAGGAGACCUCUGCUUGGUAGUUGUAGAAAUACAUUAGGAAGAAUGCUGUGUGGGUGUUAGCUGAUAUAUACUCAAUUUCAUUUUUUUUCAGGGUGUAGAACAGAAAAUAUGUGAGUGUGCAGGCUCCUGGGUAUAAGUUGUAGAUAUUAGAAGUAGUGAAUGCUACUGUGUAGUUACAAGUGGGGCUUACAAAGAAACUUACAUUUGAAACCUCUUUUUGUAGUUGUUCAUCAUAUUCUGAAAAAUAACUUUUUAAUUUUAAUUUUCUACAGUUCAGUGCAAGUCCAAAUAGCAGGUCAUCAACAGAACUUUAAUCCAUGGCUUUUAACAACAUGAACAUCAAUUCCUGCUGCUUGCCCUGAAAUGCAGUUCCUGGCUGGUAAUAAUAAUAGACUAUUUUUCUUCCACAAAGAUCAGCCACUGGAAAGUGAUGGACUUAAUAUGUUCCAUUUGAUCUGGAGUUAAGUGAUUAGGAAUACCUGAGCGCAACUGUUCCCAGCUGUUGAGAGUGAAGAAUUCUUUCUUGUAUAUGAAAAGCUUUGCAUAGUGCACAAAUGGUUUGGGAGCUGCUCAUGGGUCCCUUUCAGCUCAGCAAAUUCUGGGAUUGUGUGAUUGGCAGGCACACAGAGCUGCUCCAGCAGAGCUGCACAGCGUGAUGCCUGGAGAACAGCUGUGGCAACAGUGAUAGGGAGCCCUUCUUCUGGGAACUAGUUUUCUUCUGGAAAGAAAUA